CAUUCAUACGUAUAAUAUACUCCGCUACCUGUUUGUCAGCCCAGUGCACGUAGAGCCGAGACUCGAUUACCUCUCUCUCUCUCUCUCUCUUCACCGUCACUCUCAUUCAUCCUUUUGCUCUCCCUCUCUCUCCUUCUCCUCACCUCUCCGUGCUCUCCCCGUUUCCAGUCAUUCACAAUCGGAGGACAUCACCACCUGCAACCAGAUCUUCAUAUUGAGAAGAAAGAAGAAUCAGACAUUCAUCUGAGCCAGCUAAGCAUCAGUGUGUGGCAGCAAGACUGGCUGAGUGCUUCAUGAUGGAAUACUUUACAUCAGCAUGCCAGAGGACUUCCUCCACAGCACACGACCUAUCACACUUGCAUUCUUCAAUGCCACCAUUCUACAUUUGAUGGCAUUCUUUUGUCAAGAAAUAAAAUUUGAAUACAGCAAGUGAAAAUUAUGAAGCUUGACAGUCAAGCAAGGUGGAUAAACUGGUAGAAUUCACUUACAUUAAACCCCUUACUCAGUUAAUGACUUGGCUUUAAUUCUGUAGCCUGGCUCAGGCAGACGCAUCCCACGUGUCCACCUGAGGCUGUCCUUCCAUUUUAUGGAGGCCUUGCAUAGUCGCCUGACGACUGGGGAGCAGACCGGAGGUCAAGAACAUUGUCAGCCAGAGUCUCCUCAGCGAGGCCCACAGCCCAAGUCUCCCUCCCAGCCUCGUCAGCAACAGAAAACCGGCUCCCCAAAGCCCCAUGGCACACAACAGCAGCCCAAACAGUCCAGAAGACAGAACCCUGAACGUAAACGUCUCAGGCACCAGCGGCAGAGCAUUGACUCAGAUACGUCGCUGGACACCAAAAAUGAGGCAACGACAGCAACAAAAGCCACCGCAGUUUCUAGUUUGCCAUCAGGAGUCCUACCUUCUACAGCAGGGGGCCAAUCCCAGUCUAAACCAGAAACCCAGGAAGACACCCCAAAACAGAAACGUGAGCGUAAGCCUCAGAGGCCAGGCAAAUAUGUUUGCACAUACUGCGGCCGUGCAUGUGCAAAGCCUAGUGUCCUACAGAAGCAUAUUCGCUCCCACACAGGUGAGAGGCCCUAUCCCUGUGCUCCAUGUGGCUUCUCUUUUAAGACCAAGAGUAACCUGUACAAGCACCGCAAGUCACAUACCCACAGGGUGAAGGCAGGUUUGGCACUUGGGGAGCCAAAAUCUUUAGAGGAGCAAGUCACUGAGUCAGAGGAUGAAACACGACAGCUGUCAUCAGCUUCUUCUCUUACAGACAGACAAGGCAGUGUAGCUUCAAUCAAAAAUUGUGAAACAGACGUGGCCAAAGACUGCACUGGACUAAACAAUGACUCCUACGCAGUUAAAAAGAGACUAGCCCUGCGUCUAAGUAGAGGAAAACACGCUCCUCAAGACUCCUCUGAUGAAAAGACCUCAUCUCUAGUAUUAGGUAGUAGAGGCAGUACAGAAUCCGGCUAUUUCUCUCGCUCUGAAAGUACUGAACAAUCACAGGACAGCCCACCUAACACAAGUGCCAAAAGCUAUGCAGAGAUCAUCCUCGGUAAAUAUGGACGCCUGGGACACCUACAGAGGAUGUCUCGUCAACAUAACCAGCAUCCCUCUGGUCAAGAGGACAAAAGCAUCUCAUUCACAGUGCCCAAGAAGCAGGUCAUUGACCAUAUCACCAAACUCAUCACCAUCAAUGAGGCAGUGGUGGACACCAGUAAAAUCGACAGUGUAAAACCAAGGAGAUUCUCACUCUCCAGAAAGAACAGUGGGGAGUCUCAGAAGAGUUCAUGUAUAAAAGAAGCACUUAUUCAUAGCCCGAAAGCUGGCGAUUUGGGCUAUAAAAACAGUGGGUCUAUCACUAUGGGAGUUCCGUGUGAAAAAUUUCAUCAUCCAUCCUUAAAUGUGGAGCAGCCAGCUGGCCAAACGUCUACCGCCCCUCUGGUGAGAAGUCAUUCAAUGCCAUCUGCAGCUAGUUCGUUUGACUCCUCCAGUGGCGGCCCCAGCAAAUUCCGUCUAAGUCAUUCCUUUGAUGAACGGCAGCCAUCUGAAACACAGCCUUCCCGUCGUUAUGGGAUGCUAAGACGGCAGCCUGCUAUUGAAAUCCCACUUGGUGCCGAACUUACUAAAGAGGAACAUGAGGGUUCUCAUUCAUUUUACUCUGACGUAACCACUGUGCCUGACCAUCAGCAAAGUCAACCGCAGCCAUAUGAGUGUGAGGCCUGUGGCACUGGGUGCAAAGAUUGGGAAGGUUAUAAGAAACACAAGCAAAGUCUGUGCCUAGCACACCAUCCCAGAAAUGAAGUGGUAGUUAGUCAAAUGGAGUGCUCACAGCUAAUUAACCAUGCAGUUAGAGCAGGAUCAUCAACAAUGCGCAAAAGAAGGAAAGAGGAGAGUUUUGAAUUUGAUGACCCCUCCUCUCCUUCAUUACCCUCUCCUGCCCUCUUGUCAGGACCGUGUAAAGAUGAAAGCAGUGUAGCUUAUGAGGGCCCUAGAAGGCCUGCACUGCAAACCUGUUCAGUAAUUCAACAUACCAGUUCAUUUGAAAAACAGGAAUCUUUGUGCAAUGAAAAUCAAAGUGCGGAGGUGACAAAGAACUCGCCACCACAUGAUGAUUAUCAGCUGGUGCCACAGAAACAACCCCAACAGCAGUUGACAAAACUAACAACCCGAAAACUGGUCCGCCAGCACAGUGUACAGGUUCCAGAAAUACUUGUGACAGAAGAUUCCAACACGAGUGCAGACACCUCAGUAGAGCCAACCUCCACUACAAAACAUUCAGAGAAACCGGAUGAAUUUCAGUGGCCACAGAGAAGCCCGUCUCUAGCACAGCUCCCUAUUGAAAAGCUUCCUCCAAAAAAGAAGCGUUUACGUCUAGCUGAGGCUGCUCAGUCCUCUGGGGAAUCCAGUUUUGACUCUAUAUCGUUGCCCCGCAGCCCUAGUCAGGACAGUAGUGCAUCAUAUGCAUCCAGUCGUUCCACAUCCUUUGAAGAGCCCAAUAGGCCAGAUAUGGAGAGAGCAACAUCAACACCACUGAGGAGAUCAAGAGCUCCUCACAUGUUGACGGUGCCUGGGGUGCAUCAGCACAGAGAGAUGAGGCGAUCAGCAUCAGAGCAGGCCCCUCAUGACCCACAACCAAGCGUCCUAAUGGCUGAGACCCGCAGUAAAUCUUUUGAUUACAGUUGCCUGUCCCCUGAGCGCUCGGCAGUUGGCUGGAGGGAAAGAAGAAAAUGUCUUCUUUUUAGACACUCUGCUAUCAGAGAUCCAGACGAAGAGGAGGAGGAGCAGUGCAACAUCCCUAGCCGUAGUCCUGAACGUGUCAGCCCCAACAGGUCCUCUCAAACAAGCCCAACUUCUGUGUACUGCAGUAGGUCCUCUUCUUCUCCUUUGUCAGGUGACGCAUUCUUGCGUAAUCCAGUAGGAUCACAAAGCAAAGAGAUCUUCUCUCAGUGGAAGCUUCAUCAAAACAUUCAGCUAAUGGGCAGCACAGAACUUCCACCUGCUCAUGACCCAUCUGUCGGGGUAAAGGAGGAGGCCUCACACAUCCAUACAGAGCAGCCCCUUCCUCAAGCACCACAGCCAUAUCCUACACAUGGACCGUCCGGAGCAGCCAGAGCCCACUACCUUCCCAUGUCCACUGGGCUGAAGCUAGAGAUCCCCUUACAGCAUGAUGACUGUUCAGAAGUGCGAGUUAGUCACGCCCACAAACAGCACUCUGUCCCUCACAUCACUUCCAGUCUUGAAAUGCUGAGGCCAGUCACAUCUCCAGCAAUAGCGGUGCGUCUCCAAACAGACACCCUGACCCCAGCAUGUGCCAUUUACACCACGCUGUCCCAAUCCACCUCUCCCAGGCCGCAGGAGGCAGUUGAUGCUGUCUCACAUAAUAUCUCAACAGCUGAAUACAGAAACCACAGGAACAUGAGUCCAGAUCUUCAGCUAUGGUCCGAUGAUGGCCUGAGAUUAUCAGGCUCAGGGGGCAAUAAGCGUAUGCUUUCUCCUUCAAACAGUAUAGAGCUCCCCCCUGAGUCACAACAGCAGCAGAAAAGGGUAAAAGAAGAGGAGGAGAGGGAGGUGGGAUGUGCUGACAAGGCAACAGUUGACACGUGCAAUCAGGAGCUCAAGCAGGAGAGUCAGUCAUGUUUACCAGGUGUUUCCUCUCCCGUCUCACAUGUUGGACCUUCAUUCCCCAGCCUGCUGUCCAGCACCUGUAAUAGCUGGUGCUAUUUGAACUACAUUAAACCAAACCCCUCUGCUCUGGAUGAACAGAAGCCCUCAGUGUAUUCAUCGUGGUCUACUAGCGGCUAUGACCCCAACCCACCUGGCCUCUCCAGCAAAACAGCUCUGUCUCUGCUGCACUGUAAGCAGAGGCUCAGUCCCUCCAUCUACACUAUAUCCCCCAUGUCAGUCCAGACAACUGAGUCAGUGGAGCAAGAGGACAACAAAAGACCCUGCCUCACUGAGGUUUACAACAGCCAGACACACCGCAGAGACCAUGAGGGAACGGGGAAGGGACAGACGUCAGCAGAUCACAACAGGUCAGACAGAAAGGAGGAGAAGGAGGAGGAGAAGACACAGCAGCAGCAGGAGGAGGAGGAGGAGGAGAAAGUCCACUUUUGCUCUAGAAAUAAACAACCUCCUGAAGUCUGGAUAUCUGAGAGCGGAUCAGAAAAGAAGUAUGGCGUAAUGCACAGCGGAGGUGGAAGGAAGUGUCAAAGUGAGGAUGCUGGAUCCCACUGCAAGAGUACUGGUGUGCUUUCCACAGAAUCACCACCAUAUAACUGUAAUCGCUGUAACAGCACUUUCAAAGCUAAAGGAAUCUGCGAACACCAAUCCAUUCACCCAGACCAACAAAAACAUCAUCAAUGCUCUGUUCAGGGUGGAGAUCAUAACGAUGUAAAGGACAAAGAUGACAGACGUAAAGAAACCAGCAGGUCCACUGUGGUUGAGAGAUCUGACAAGGAGAAAGCUCAUCCAGGAGGCCAGCCAAUGGAGCCUGAACACAGCCCAUCCCUCCCAGCUACCCCCAAAGAUUCUACCCACAGGGGCUCGGCCAGCGCCAGGAGGGCCCUGUUCGCCCGCAGACGCCUCGACGCUUCAGCAUCAGUGUCCUCUGGAGGCUCCCGUUCUCCAAGUACUCAUACCGUAACUCCACAAAGGGAGCUGUCUCCACCUUGUAGCCCAUCACCCAGGCCUCGCCACUCCCCCACUCCUACUUCAUCAUCCCUCUCUCCAUCCAGUUGUCAUGUCUCCACCGCCCCACAGAGGCCAGUCUCCCCUGUUAGAGGCCUCUCCCCUGUUAUACUCCAGUCCCAGGGAACGGACUCUUCUGGGCCUCCAGGGUCCCUGGCAGACAACUCUGCUCAGACUCUUCAUCCAAGGGGCCAACCAUCAACAGCAAGACUGUCUGUGGCUGAGGUCGGUCUGACCCACGUCACCCCACACCCCCAACGGCCUCGUGGAGCCCACAACCUCCUGAGCCACCUCCCUCUGCACUCACAGCAGCCGAGCAGGGCCCCGAACCUCCUGAUCCCGAUUGGGGGGAUUCACAUGAUCCAGCCCAGGUCCCCACUCCCUAUGUACAAGCUGGUGAGCAGCCCCGCAGCAGCCCCAGCUAACCCCACAGGGACGGGGGCGUCCAGGAGACCGAGCGACGCUCCGAAGGGAAGACUCGCUCUGCCGCAGCGGUGGGACACUCUCAAAGAGACGUUGCCCAGCAGCCAAGCCAGCCCGCCGCACCCCGGGGCAUCGGGGCAAAUGCCUGUGGGUGCUCGAUUACACAGAAAGAGCCAAGGAUGCUUCGGCGUCCAGCAACCAUCGAGUCCCGGGACAGAGACGAGGCACGCAGAGGUGAGCAGAGAUGCACCUGUUACCGAGAGGCGAGUUUACCCCGAGACCACCCAAGGCCAAAAAAAGGCUCCUUCCUCCCAGACGCAGCUCUGAUCGGAGGCAGAGUCCGAAGGGACAGUGCAAAAAGACUGAGGACCAGUCUGUGGGUGAGACACUUACACCACACUCUGGUUCAGAGUCGGACGACAAAAAGGCAAGAGCACUUGAGCACCGCUUCUGAAUGACGCUGUUAUGUAAUUAUAUGAAUAAUAUAUAUAGACACUAUGUUAGAUAUGCAGUAUGUUUUGUAAAUCUUUUUUACCCUCUUGUUUGAUGUCAUCGGUGUUUAUUUAUUUAUGUGCUAUUAUGCAAAUUCUGUACUAUAUGCAAAAGCAGCUGGAAUGAAAAUAGACAAAGUUUUAAUCAAUUUCCCUAUUAACCCCGUCGACAGCUCUAAUAUACUAUUGCUGUGUUAAUGUACUGUAUUACCAAAAUGGAUAUAGAAAGGUACCACAAAUAUUUAUUCACCCUGACCAGUAUUUUGAAGUGCAAUUUUAUGUCAACAUUGUGGUUUGAAAUGUCAUUCUUAAAGGCUGUGAUUAUUAUUAUUAUUAUUAUUAUUAUUAUUAUUUGUCAGAUUUUUGUUGUCGUCUUUGUGUUAAAAGAAGCAGGGUUACGAUCAGCUCCUUUUUUCUAACAUCUUUAGGAAAUGAAGCAUCGGAUCGAGACAUUUGGAGUGCACUGACAAACGAUUUGAUAUCCAGUGGAAACCUGUUUCACAUGACAUGGUAGCUACGGUGCAGUUUUUUUUUCAUAAACAGAUACAUGUAUUUUUGUGUUGUUGCUUUUCUAAAUGAUACAAUCACUGUCAUUUUCAUGUUUACCAUUAAACUUCUCAUUUUUACAGAUUUAUAUUAAAA